AUGCAGAGAGAAAGUGUGGACAUGAAGAGGAACUCCCUUGUCCCUCGGGACACGGAUAGUUUCAAAAAGGACACUCAGCUGCAGGUGACCCCGUCCGAGCUGAAGUUCCUAGACACACUGGCCGGGAAGGUGUACCGGCUCCCGAUUACUCUGCACAACCUUGGCCGUUCCAACCAGAAGAUCCGGUUUCAGGAGCCAACCAAGCCACAGUUCAAAUUAGUUUUGACCAAUCUGGAAAAAGAACUUGCUUCUGGCCUUCAGAUGACUGCUGUGGUGGAAUAUCAUCCUGAUAAAGAUGUAGACACUUCUGAUCAACUACAUAUUUCACUAGGAAAUAAAACAAUAGUAAUUCCUCUGAUUGGGUUGAUUCCAAACUGUCAGUUGGAACUUGAGUCAGAAGUUCAUUUUGGCACAUUGGUUGCUAAUAGUAAAGUAUAUUGUAAAGAGAUUAAUAUCUUCAACCAUGGCAGAGCUCCAGGUAAGUUUAACACAGAAUACCAUGGCCAAUUACCCAUCGUUAUUUUUCCAACUACUGGCAUUGUGCAGCCUAAAUCAUCAAUGAUUAUCAAAGUGGAUUUCUGUGCAGACAAGCCCAGAAAUGUAGAUGAAUUGGCAAUAGUGAAUUUAGAAGGUCGUCCUACCAUGUCCUUCAAUAUCAAAGCUGAUGUCGUUGAGCAGAUUAUUGAGUUGUUAAACAUAAGUGAUGACAAAAAGUUGGAAUGCAUACACUUUGGUUCUAUUUUCUUUGGAACAUCAAAAAUUGAACAUGCACUUCUGUACAAUAAUAGCCCAGAACCCAUAAACUGGGUGGCUAUAAUGCAAGACGAUUCUGUUGGAGAAGAAUUGGGUACAAAUAUUCGACAAAGAACAGAUGUUGCUUUAAAUAAUCUCAGCUACUUACGCAAAAUAAGGGCCCUAGAUGUUACUGAUUUUAUCUCCUGCAUUCCUAAUGAAGGAACUUUACUACCUUAUCAAAAGAUUGCAAUUACAUUUUGUUUCAGUCCAAAGCUAAUAUUUGAUAGCAAAAAUAAUGUUGACCCUUCACACAGGCAAGACUAUGCUGUCUUUUUGAGAUUUGAAUUCAUAGGAAGUAAAGAUGGAUUUUUGAGAGAUGAUAACUAUAAAACCAUAAAAAGUGAUCGGUUUCAGAAAGUGGAAUUAGCACUCACAGGCACAGGAUUUCCUGUUGUAUUACAUUUUGAUCCAGCGAGAGUCCUUAAUUUUAAACCUUGUUUCAUGGGUGAACGUUCAGAUAUUCUGUGUGUUAUGCAAAACCAAUCCAAAUUACUUCCUGUGAAGUACCACUUUGAAAAAGUUGCACAUUUUAAAGUUGAUCCAGAAAGGGGCAAGAUUGAUGAAGGUUGUAUCCAGAAUAUCAACUGUUCAUUUAUUCCACAUCAAAUUGGAAUCUUUAAAGUGAAGCAACCAAUAGCAAUUAUUGGUCCAGUUGUAGAUGAAAACUUACAAUUAUCGAUGAAAAUUUUUCACCAUGUAUAUUUAGAGUUCAGCAGCAUCUGUAAAGCUUUCACUAAGAAAGUGGUGAUGAAAAUUAAUCCUGGUAUAUCCCCUUUCGUCAGUAAUCCCACUGGACAAUUUGUGGUUAAAGACUUGGUGAAAAACAAGAAUCCUGUACCUGUAGCGAUGCUUCAGUCAGCCAUGACAGACCUUCACAAUCAUCAUUCAAAUAAAGCAUCAGUGAAAAAUGCACUGAUAGCCUAUCCUAAUGAUCGAACUGCAAGUGUCAGGCCUGGAGCCCAAGAUAAACAUUUCAGGACAAUUUUCACAAAGAUUCCAAGAUAUAACUAUCUGGAUCCUGAUUUUGCAUAUACUGAUAUUGAAAAAUUUAUAAAGAAGGCAAAUGAAUACUACUAUACAAAUUACAUCAGAGACAGAAGAAGUUUGCGCCUAAAAAAACAAGCAGAGAGGGAACACAUGAAUUUAUAUAACAAUACAGAUAUAGGUCUACAACCAGCAUCAGGUCUAAAGUCACCCACACCCUCUAUAAUGGAUGCAUGUGAUGGACGAUCUUCAGCUGAUUAUCCUCCAGCUAAACGAUUGCUAAGUACCACGAAAAUAGCCUCCAGGGAGACAGAAGCUCUGAGCAGAAAGAUUCUCAAAGGACUUAAGUCACACCCAUCCACACCAGAAGAAAAACAUGAUUGCAGCUUACUUUUGACACCAAAACAAAUUCAUCAAGUAAUUGUUGGGCCUUCUGUCCUUAACUUCGGAGAUGUUUGUGUUAACUCAUCAAAUACCUGUAUACUACAUGUUAUUAAUAUGCUACAAAUAUAUAUUUUGAUCCAUUUAGAUAUUAAUUUAGAUGAACUUCAGAAUACCAGGCAAUUUUCAUAUGUGAUUCCACCUACAUCCAGUACUAAUAUUUCAAUGAUAUUUGAAUCUCCCACCAUUGGAAAGUUUUGCAAAUCUUUCACCUUUUUGGUGAACAAUAUACCCAGUGGACACAUCCUAGCGAUGGCAGUUGUCAAGCCAGUACAACUUGAGCUAUCUUCAAAUGAAGUAGUAUUGAGAUCACAAGGCUUCUUGGUACAAACCUGUUUUCGGGAGACAGUUGAGUUGUAUAAUCGGCAGAAUUAUUCAGCUAAAUUUAAAUGGCUACCAGUAAACACAAGAAGUGAGAUGGCUUUUUCCAUUCGUCCAGCUACAGGCACUGUAGACGCAUAUGCCACACUGAUGUGUGAAGUAAUAUGGCGACCGAGUUACAGUUCUUCAGAUAGGGGAGAAUUCAAUCUUCAUGUCUCUGAAGGAAACACAUCGAAACUGAAAUGUGUUGCACAUGUUGGUCCCACCAAGGUUACGUUUUUGGAGCCAAGGAUACUCUUCAACAACUGCCCUCAAGGUUUAACAACUUGGAGGAAAGCCAUUCUUCAUAAUGUAGGGCAAAAUCAUGGUUAUUUCAAGGUUUGUGACCAGAGUAUUUUGCCUACCAUUAAUAUUGUUCCAGCUGAAGGAAUAAUUCCAUUUGGGGGAAUAACUAUUCUCAAUAUUUCCUGUACACCCAUUACAGCAGAAAAAUUUGAAACAAGAGCAAAGGUUGCUAUCCGCCAUGCAAAUGUCAUAGAUCUUAGGAUUGGUGGAUCUGUGGAGAUUCCUGAUGUUGAAAUCAGUCCUUAUAUGUUUAACUUCAAUGGCACCUAUGCUGGUUCUACCCAAAUUAUUCCAUUUGUAGUAAAAAAUAAAGGUAUGACACCUGCCACAGUGGAAUUCAGUUUAGAAAACAUCCAGUAUUCUUCAAUUACUCUUAAAGAUAAAGCAGGGAAAUUUGCAAAUGCUACAGUUCCUUAUUUAUAUUCUUUGGAAUUAGAGGAAAAUUCAUCUGUGGAAUGUGAGAUGGUAUUUUCUCCUGAAGUAGUAGAAGCAUUUGCCUUUAAGAUCCCAACUCAAGUUAAUUUCUUCAAAGGUUCAAAGCCUCCUUUGGUGUCAAAGACAGCUCUACUCCAACCAUGUUAUGUUCAAGCCACAGUAUUGCAAGCACCAUUGAAACUAUCCAGUACUAAGUUUGUAUUUGAAAUACCUUUACAUGAAGUGAACUUUAAAAAGAAAAUCACAAGAUCUCAGGAUCUUGUCUUACAAAAUAUAUCAAAACAAAGUGUGCAGUGGACAUUGGAUAUUGGCGGUGCUGAUAAACUUUUCAAAGAUGGUGUAUUCGAGUUUAGUGCACUGACCGGCAUACUGCAACCAGAAGAAGAGUUUAAUAUUUCUGUACAUUUCUGUCCAAAAAAGCCUAGAAAAUACAAUGCUAAUAUUCCUAUGUAUUUAAAUGAUAAUCCAAUUGACUUUCGAAUGCUAAGUCUGACUGGAGGGAUAAAAUCACCCAAGUUAUUGUUUGACCCACCAUUUAUAUUUUUCACUCCUGUUCCUUUGGAUGUAACAACUGUGAUGGAGAUCAAGAUUUUACCCCAAAACUAUUUCAGAGAUUCAACUCUAAGUGUCCAGAUUCCAACAGCAGAACUUCUUGAUGAUGAUGAUUAUGAUGAGAUUCAUCCUCUUUCUGUGAAUUUCCUGAAAGACAGAGUCAUCACAGGCUCUCCGUGUGGAAUUAAUGAUGAGCUCACCUGCCAGCUCCGUUUCAACUCAUCUAAACCUGUGUCAUUUUUCAUCAACCUUCUUUUCUAUGAUGACAAAGAUAACUGGUUUCCACUUCCAGUUAGUGCAACAGCAGAAAACUGCAUCCUUACUAUUUACCCAUUCAUGGCAGCACAUCUUGAUAAGCAAAAAAUCGUUUUAAAGAGUGGUAAGGAUAAGAUUCCUAUGAAGCCUAGAGGCAGUGCCUUCCUUCCUGCCUCGGGUUGUAGAAUAUGCUCUCCUGCUUCAGUUAAAAUGACAGCUAACUUUAAUGAUGCUGAAUCUACAAAUGGAAAUUUAUUUGUUGGAAUGGAAAUGAUACAUGAAGACUUGCAGAAUCAUGAAACACCAAAGAAAGAAGGUGAUGAGUCUCCUGAAAAGGAAGAGAAAAAUGAGCAAUUCUUUUCUCCUAAAGAAGGGACAGAGGCAUAUGACUUCAUUCAGAAGGUUGUAAAUGCAGCUCAGUCCUGGUUCAGUCUCUUUGGCUGGCCUGAAGGACCCCACUUGCUUUCUAUUCCAGAGACUAUCAGAAGGGAUGUGCAAAAAAUACAAUAUUACUCACCUUCAUCACCCAAAAAAUUUACCAGACAAAAUGACUUUUCCAAAUAUAAUAAGACUAUUUAUGAUGUGAUGCUUCACCUGAGUGGACAAAUGCCACCUGAAGUCAAUUCAAAUCAGUCUUUACCUAGCGAUAUCACUGGAAGGGUGAUUCAGCUUCAUCUACAACAUUCCUCACUUCUCAACUUGCUCAAAGACCAAGGAGGAUGUAUUUCUCAUAUACUGCCAGAAUUUCUGCUUGAACCAGAAGAUUAUAAGAGAUGGAUUAAAAUAAAAUCCUCGACUACUAAUACCAUGCCCACAAAUCCCUGUACACCUGAAGAGUGUCCUGUUAUUAUAGACAUGAGUAAGUUUGAAGAAUGUAGUAAACGUGCAUGGACAGAUGUAUUUCUUCAAAUAUACAAGGUCCUGAUUCUUUCCCGAAUUGUACCAUAUUGCAGCAAUGAUAUGCCCCCCAGGCAUGUGGAAAAUACACCAAAAGUCAAUCCUGAUUUUACAUCCAGCAACAUAUAUUCUGUUUAUGAAAGGGUUCUUCUUAGUUGGAUGAACACAAAUUAUGAGGAUGCUAGACAUAUUAUAUGGAAGAAUUGUAAAAAAGGCACUAUUCCCUCUGAGAGAUGGAUAAUAAAUUUUGACAGUGACCUUUCAGAUGGCCUUGUUUUUGCAGCACAGUUGGCAACCUAUUGCCCAUUUUUGAUUGAGCCCUAUUUUGUAAAUAUGUACACACAGCCAAAAACUCCUGAACAGUAUCUGCACAAUUGCCUGAUUGUUAUGAACAGUAUUCGUGAAAUUAGCUUUGAUAUGGAAAUACAGGCCACUGACAUCCAUGAUCCAAAUCCAAUCCUGAUGCUGAUGUUUUGUGUCCACAUGUAUGAAAGGCUCCCUUCAUACCUUCCCAAGAAGGUGAUAUCCUUUCAAUGUACUCUACAUGAAACUGUGCUAGCUCAGAUUGUAGUGAGAAAUUCAAGCUUGAAAUCUAUUGUGUAUGUGGCUACAAUUGUUGGAAAAGAUGCUGCUGAUUUCUCCCUUCAGCGAUCAGAGAAUGUUGUGACAAUUUCUCCAAAAAGUCAAACCUAUAUCACACUACAAUUCACCAGUCGCUUCCUCCAUCCUGCUGAAGCUUCACUGCUAUUAAUUUCAAAAACCAAGAAUGCAAGAGGAGGCUCUAUCCUGGCUUUUGCUCUUAAGGGUGAAGUCCACCAUUUUAAAACCGUAAAAAUUCUUAUGUGCAAAACACCAUGUUAUCAGUGGAAGGAAAUCACUAUAAAUAUCAAAAACCCUUUCCAUACUGCAGGAGACUUCAAUGUCAUUUUGGUGGAAUCCCCAACAUUUUUGUAUAAACCAUCACAAUUAUCAGAAUCUGGACAAUAUAUGAGCUAUGGUGCUGGAGUGAAUAGCGGUGAAUGUGAAACUGCUAAGGGCUGUUCCCAUGCCCCAGAUUGCUUAAAAACCUCAAUUAGGUCCAGUUUCAUCAAAGAAUUCUUCUGCUCGAUGCGUACUGUUUACCUGGAAGUGAAAGGAAGUUCAAACCUGGAGCUCUUCUUCCUUCCCUUUGAUAUGCACUGUCGUUACUGUAUCAUCAUCUUGACCAACGAAAAGAUUGGAGAAAUAAUAUAUGCUGUGGAAGGAAAAGGUUUGAUCCCUUUGCCUUCGAGUUUCCUUCCAAUGAAACCUUCAACUCCAAUUGACUACAACUGUUCUCCUGAAGAAGGGCAUAGUAAGGCAGAUCCAGUGCUGUACUUAAAAUGCAAACUCCAUCAUACCCUAGAUAUGGACCUUAAAUUGCCACUGACUAAUGAAGCCAAGGAAAAGGCCUUGGCUUUUGCAGCACAACAACAGAUGUCAAAUAUAGAGUAUGAGCGAAGGCUGCUCACAGGCACUUUGGAGAGCAGUAGCGUUCGUGUGGCCGUUGCGCUCCUGGGGCUGACCAAGGUUGAGUCUCUUGUGCUGUUUAAUAUUUCAAAGUUGAAGAAGCCUAAGUCCGUUUUAUAUACAACUGAAGUGAGCCUUCCAGAACAUUUUUAUAUUCCCAAGAAAAUCUACAUCCCUCAAAUUCUAGAACCUCCAACUAAAUUGACUCAAUCUGAAAGAAUUAAGCCUACAACAAAACCAGUUUCAGAUGGAUCUGUUCCAGUUCCUUUACAAUUUGUUCCUCGCAGUCCUGGUCGAUACCCUUGUAAAAUUCUGCUGGUAUCAAAAUAUGAUGUCCGUGUCUAUUGCAUUGAAGGUAUAGUGAAUGGAGAAACUCCAGAGGCCACAUUUAAGUUUGUAACACCAGCAUUUCAAGCCCUUACCCAGAAUAUUCCAAUAAUUAAUAAAACAUGUAAAGAAUGGAAAUGUCAAAUUACUAUAGAAGGAGACUGGUUUGAUGGACCUUCUGUUCUAUAUGUUGGACCAGGAGAAACUGCACAUUAUCCCCUCACAUUUAAGCCUAUUUUGGAAUGUGAAAUUCAGGGUAAAUUUAUCAUACAAAAUGAAAUAGAUGGUAUGGAGAGCUUCUUUGCCCUGAUAGGAAUUGGUAAAAAACCUUUGGCCUUGGAACACUUCAUUGUGAAAUGUCAAGUGGGGAAUGUGUUAAAUAAAUCCAUAAUAGUACCUAAUCAAACAAGGACUAUCCUAACAUUUAAGGUAACUUCAGAUCUUCCAAUAGUGUGGGGAAAGCAACAAAUCACCAUAGACCCAGAUAAUGUAGUUCCAUACGUUCUACACAUAUGCCCUUGGAAACGUGGUGUAUUCAAAGGUAAAAUUUCAUUUUCUGUUAAAACCAAAGAAGAUGAUGAUUCAUCUCAAGAGUUAUAUGCAGAUAUUAAAGAUUCCUUUGAGAAUUCACUGGCAGAUCUGCCCCCUAUCUUUAUUGAGGAAAACUCAGCUGAUAAUUUUAGCAGUUUAAAAAUCUGGUAUCAUCUUGAGAUACACAGCACUCCUAGACCACCCUUAAAAAUUAUGGAAAUAAACUGUAUUGCUCUGGAGACCAUUUGCAUUGAAAUACCUAUCACUAAUCCAAAAGACAAAGCUAUUCACAUAGAUGUGAAAUUAACAAGUAUUGCCCUUAAUGGACCUAAGGAAAUUACACUGAACCCACUAGAUUAUGUCAACUAUAUUGUGUGGUACUGUCCAGCAAGUACAGGUUGUAAAGAAGAAAGUGUGAUUUUUCAGCCUGAAAUGGCUGAAGAAUUCUGGUAUUUACUGAAAUUUAUUAUCAAACUACCAACGCCAAUCACAAUGCCAGAAGUGAAGUGUGACCUUGGAAAGUAUGUCACUCAGAUCAUUCCCUUAGAAAAUCCUACAUAUGAAACCUUAGAAUUGAAUGCAACAAACAAUAAUCCUAGAAAUUUUAUCCUGGAUAUUAAUGAAAGUUCAUCAGUGACUUUACCUCCUCACUCCAACAAAAAGCUAACUGUUUACUUUUGUCCUACUGCACUUGGUAGAGCUGAUCAUCAAGCUUGUAUCAAGUUCCACUGUAAACAGUUCAAAGAAUGGAAAGUAUACCUCUCUGGAGUAGGUCUGUUCCCUAGGACUAUGGACACACAAAGAGUAAUCACAUGCCUUGGUCUUCAUUCGUCUCUCGUUAUAACUUUCAAAAAUCCCACCUUGGAAUAUGUCACCAUUGACAUCAUACUAACAAGUCGGGAAGAUUCCAGGGGACUUGUCGUUGAUCAUUGCUGGGAUAGCUUCUUCAUUGUGAAUUCCGCCUUCAAGCUUAGUACUAUGGGUCAUAUACAUGGAAUUUCAUUGCCUCCUAGAGGAAUUAUAGAUAUCCCAUUAUUUUUUAUGCCACAAGUUAUGAAAUUAUACAAAACAAUGAUCAUUAUUCAGAUGAAGAAAGCUAAUAGAAAAAAUUGGUCUAUAGACAAUUUUGAUGAAUUGGAUGAAAACACAAAAAGAAAUUUGGGAACAUAUACCAAAGAAAUCCCAGCAAUACACUGGAUAUACCCUAUUAUUGGACUCCCACAGGCACCACUUCCGAAGGGUCCUCAAGUUACCAUAAAAUGUCAAUCGAGGAAAUGGAUAGAAGAAACAGUAGAAGUAACACUGAUUGGUAAUUUUUUUGGACUAGAGCCUACCCCAGACUUGAUGGAAUUUUUAGUGAUUCCGAAAAAAAAGCCAGGCAACGUCUAUGGAGAUUGCCAAGAAAUACCUAAAAGAUAUGAAUUUGAAUAUGAAAUUCUAUAUGAAUCUGAAAAUAUGAAGUCUAACUUGACAUCCUGUGUGUCUUUAUAUCUGAUCAAGAAAUCUUAUAAUAUCAAGAAAGAAGCAAUAACAUUAAUCUUCUGUCUGAAAUUUACACCAAAAAGACCAUUGAGGGCUCAUAUUACACUGAAAAUAGAGUGCCUAACACAAGGAAUUUGGAAGUUUCCCAUGAUGUUGAUUGCUACUGAGCCUGAUGUGGAUGACGUCAUUAACAUUAAAGGUGUUGGUUUAUUUAAGGAAUCUGUUGUUAACUUCAGGCUGACAAGUCAGACAAGAUGUCCUGAACCAUUCACCACAUUCUUCCUACGUGGCAGUGAUCGGGAAUUUUUUGUAAAACCUCAGGCUGGAGAACUUCCUUCUUGUACCAGUAAGGGAAUUCUCAUUACCGUAGGAUUUACUCCCCGAAUGUACAGUAAGAAAUACAAAGCCACAUUAGUAAUACAGACAGCAAGUAUGUACUGGUUGUAUGAGAUCAAUGGAUUACCUCAAGAAACUAUUCCACCAACAAAUGUACAAGCCAAAAUUAAAUCAACUAACCAGAAAUGCUACAGCAUACCAAUUGUUCAGCGCAAUUUUGUCCGUGAAAAUGUGGAGCUCAUAAGGACAGGAGUGUCUUCUACUAUAAAGGGUGCAUCUUUGGUGACAAAGAACAAAUAA